AUGUCUGGGAACUAUAAAGGAUUACAAAGGCUUGUUAGUGAUUUCUGUGAUCGAUACAUUUUAUAUGUUCACUGCUUUCUACACAAAAUCCAUCUUGUUGUGACAUACGUUAUGGAAAAUCUUGAUGAGAUAAAGGAAUUUUAUGGCACAAUAACGGCGCUGUACAAUUUUUUCAAAAAAUCAGCUGCCCUUGAAUCAUAUGAUGGCACUGCACUGCAACGACUCAUUGAAACGCGUUGGUCUGGUCAUUAUGAUAGUACCAGUCACGUAAACAAGAAUUACGGUGAUCUGAUUCAAGCUCUUAUAGUGGCGUCAAAAAACAAGAAGUUAUCCGCGGAGGACAAAGCGCAGGCGAUAGGACUUCUUAAUCAAAUGGACGAUGACGAACACCAUUCAUUUAUUUUCAUUAAUUGCAUGUUAAUGAAGGUGUUAAAACCAAUUGAUAUUAUGGUCAAACAACUGCAAUCCGUCAAUGAAAAUUUCAUUACAGCACUUGAAGUAGUUAAAAGUGUUAACUAG